AUGCAAAUAUUCUUAAUGUUUAUCUCUAAAAAAAUGAGGGAUAUCAGACAAUACAAGAAAUCUUUAGCUCCACGUUUAAGAUGGACUCCACAACUUCAUGAGCUCUUCAUUCAAUCUGUUGAAAGCCUUGGUGGAAGAAACAAAGCAACUCCAAAGAGAAUUCUGCAGAAGAUGGACAUAAAGGGAUUGAAGAUUUCUCAUGUUAAGAGCCAUCUCCAGAUGCAUAGAAACAUGAAGGAGCAACCCAGCCUCCAUAUUGUAAUGCCAGAUUUCAAUUUGUCUUCGACACUGCUUGUGUCUAAAAGAUUGAGCAGUAAGCAGAAAGAAUGUGGAAGCCAAUUCUCUCUCAAAGAAAGAAAUUCAUCUGACCAAAUUGGUGAAAAUAUUCAUUACAAUGACUACCAGGAAGAAGAAGGAAGUAUAAGUAGUGGAAUGACAAAGGAGGAGGAACAAUACUGUGAAAAGGAGAGAAAUUUUUGGCCUGUGGAUAAUCAUAAUUUUUUUGACUCUGCUAUGGAAAACACUCACAUUAACCUAGAUUUAUCUCUCUCUUAAUUUCUUUUUAUUAUUGUUAAUUAUGUGAGUAUAGAAUAGACCCCUAGCUAGUAUGACAUUCUUCUUAUGUUUAUUUAUGUACAUUUUGAUAAGAAUAAUAGAACUAUAUAUGCA